AUGGAGGAGAACAGCACAACAAACCUCACCGUGAACAAUACACUUUAUGGAUUUCUGGACUGGGAGGAAUAUAUCAGAUCUGAAUGCUCCAGCAUUCCCUCCAGCCUGAUUGCCUUUGCAGGGGUGUGCCUGGGGAUCUCCCUCUGUGGGCUGGCAGGGAAUGGGGUAGUCUUGUGGUUCCUGGGCUUCCACACAAAGCAGAGCCCUUUCACUGUCUACAUCCUAAAUCUGGCUGUUGCAGACUUCUCCCUGCUCCUCCUGUUUCUCCUGCUUCUGUUGGCUUUUCUGUCCUUAGCAGCAUUUUGCACAUCUUUGUUUCAUCUUGCUCUGCUCUACAUAGAUUUUGUGUUUGUGGUGGAACUCCUGUGCCACGUGUUUGACCUGAGCAGCCUGGGGCUGCUGGCAGCCCUGAGUGUGGAGCGCUGCAUCUCCGUCCUCUGCCCCAUCUGGUACCGCUGCCACCGGCCCCGGCACCUCUCGGCCGUCGUCAGCGGGGCCCUCUGGGCCCUCGCUGGGGCUUUUGUUUCCUCCCUCUACCUCACCUCCACCUACAGUGAAGACUCUGGGACCGCGGUUGCAGGUGUAGUCUUUGUGAUUUCCCUGAUUUUUUCCCUCAUGAUGUUGGUUUCCAACCUGAUCCUGUUCCUCAAGCUGCGCUGCGGCUCCCGGAGGCGGCAGCCAGGGAAGCUCUUUGUGGCCAUCGUGCUCAACAUCCUGCUGUUCUUUGCCUUUGGCAUCCCUUUCUGCGUGGAGGUUUUCAUCAAUCUCCCUGAUUCCGGUGAUUUAUUCCCAGAAGACCCCUCUUUUUUCCUGGCACUGCUGAACUGCUCCCUCAACCCGGUGAUUUACGUGCUGGUGGGGAGCUGCCGGCGGCGCCGCUUCCAGCGCUCGGUCAGAGUCGCUCUGCGGAGGGUGUUUGAGGAGAAAGCCAGGAGUGAUGAGGGGAGCCACGGCCCUGGGGACACUGUGGUGGAGGUGACAGCUCUGUGA